CAGGACCAAGAAAAGGACCAGGACCAGGACCAGGAUCAGGAUUAGGAACAGGAUCAGGAUCGGGAUCGGGAUCGGGAUCGGGAUUAGGAUUAGGAUUAGGAUGACAGCAGCAGAACUGGUUCUGGUUGUGGGUUUACUGGGUUUACUGCUGAGUGCUCAGUGUAAGGUGAGAGCUCGAGACCCUGGGGUGGAGGAGGAGGAGGAGGAGGAGCAGGGAGGGAGAGGAGGAGGCGGAGUGGGCGGGUUUUCGACCGUGGUGACGUCCCCUACAGGAGACAGAGGGAAUGACGCAGACAGGACUGGGUAUAACCCUGUGAAGCAGAAGAUCUCGGCUCCUCUGCAGAGACACAGAGUGUCUGACGUUCAUCUGGAUUCUGGAGGAUCUGAACCAAUCAAAGGAGAGCUCCACAAUCAAUACGUCCAGGAUCAGCACAACGAGCACACAACCACACACCCUGCCCCCGACACAGGCCACGCCCCCAGCUCCCAUCACACGUCCCAUGCCCCGGACUCAGGGCACACCCACCACAGCGCUGAUAUGUCGAACCGACGCCAUGGACGCCACCAUCAACCACAUGAGGACGAUGCCGCCGCCCACUAUUACCCAGAAGUCCCUGCUGCUCUCCCUGUCCCUGACAUGAUGGCUCUGCUCAUGUCCCAGCUGCAGCCGCUCCUCCACAACUUCAACCGCUCGCUGGAGCACCUGACGCGACAGGUGGGCGACCUCGCCCAGGAGGUGCUGCAGCUGAGGAGCGGGCAGUCGGGGGCGGAGCUUCAGCUGCAGGCGGGGACGACGGAGGUGCUCGAGCACAACGAGGAAGCAGAGGAGAUAUUAGACGCCAAACUGGACGAGGUGUACGAGCACAUCAGGGAGGUCCAGGCACAGCUGGAGACACACAGGUUGGACACGGACAGCAGACUACACUCCCAGCAUGCAAUGCUGCACUACAACCUCACCAGCUUCAAGAUGGACAUGGAUGUGAAGCUGAAACGUCAGCAGAAGAUGCUGCAGAUCAGCCUGCAGGCCAUGGAUCUGAAGGUCAACCAGGACCAGACCACAGAGGCGGAACUGGAGCCCCACGCCCCUCCCCCUCCCUUGAUGCCACGCCCACUGUCGCCCACAGACUCGUCCACACUGUGGGAGGCCAUCAAGCGUCUGGACAACAUGGUGGUCAACAACACGGUCAAGGUGGGCGGGCUGACAGAGGACGUGGACGUGACCUCAGGAAACAUCCAGAGACUCAGGUUUGACCUGACGGGUCUGGACAAGCUGAUCAACCAGACUGCUCGUCGCAGUCAGGUCCUGUUCAUGGAGACGGGUCUGGAGGUGGAAGAGGCUAAGGUGGGCGUCCUGAAGAAGGUGGACGAGCUGACACGGAACAUGACUCAGCACAACAAGCACCUGCAGGAGGUGGACGUGGACAUAGAUUACCUGUUUACCGCCCUCUACCGCAACCACUCUGCCCCGGACUGUGACUGCAAGGCACUGACCGCCGCCGUGGUUCAGCUGGAGAGGGGCGUGGCCAAUGUGACAGCCCUGGCCAAUGAGAACAGAUUAGCCCUGGAAGCAGAUGAUGAUGGAGGGGUGGAGCAGUGGGACAGGGCCAAUGACUGGGAGCCGGCGGUAGAGGCGCUUCAACGUGGUCUUCAGCUGGUGAAGGAGUCUGUGGUGUUGGAGCAGACCAGGAGCUGGACUCUGAGCCAGACUCUGAACCAGACUGUGAGGCAGCUGAGCCUCAGCGUGGCCGAGGUGAGCGUUCUGAAGCGGAGCGACGAGCAGCUGAGGAAGGACCUGCAAAAAAUGUCCGGCUCCUUCGACUCUCUGCUCAGAGACGCCAUCAGACACAGCGACGUGCUGGAGCUUCUCCUGGGUGAAGAGGUGCUGGAGUUCCUGGAGUGGCCGGUCCAGGACCAGGAGGCCCAGUCCAUCCCAGCCCUGAAGGAGCAGCUGAGGAACCUGCAGGAGGAACUGAGAGGACACAGCCUGAGCAUCGCGUCACUGCUGAGCAGCAGAGCAGGAGGCCGGGAGGAGGUGCCAUCUGCUGACCAACCCUCCUUCUCCUCCUCCCUCCUCUUCCCCCAUGACCAGAUUCCUGGUGGUACGAGGAGGAGGAGCAACAGCGAAGAAGCAGCCCGGGAGCAGCAGCUCUUCCUGCGCCCUGACGAGAGGCGUCCGGAGCAUGAGGGAGACGGCAGUGAUCUGUGGAACCUGGAAAAGAUGGUGCAGGACCUGGAGCUGAAGGUGAAGCAGCUGGAGGACAAACCCUGUCCCUGUCCCAGCUCCUCCACGGAGAGGGAGGUGCUGUCCAAACUGCAGGAGGAGGUGACAUGGCUGAAGAGAGGCCUUGAGGAACAUCUGAGGGUCUUCAAGAAUGUCUUCACUAACACUGACGUCCUGGUGGCAUCAGACGCAGCGCUGGAUCUGGAUCAAGUGUGGCAACUGGUGAAGAACCAAAAAACUAAGAAAGAGAGAAAGAGAGGAGGAGCCAGAGGAGGAGGGGAGGAGCCAGGAAGAAGAGGAAACAAUAGAAACAGGAGGGAUUUACCUGGUGGCGCUCUUUUGUCAGAAGACUCCGUGAUGUUUGUGGCGUCUCUGAGGAUUUCAAACAGCGCGGUGAUGUUUGACACGUCUCUGAACCCAGGACAUUUUCACUCCGACACCGGCACCUUCACUGCUCCAGUGGACGGGGUCUACGUCUUCAUCCUCACCUUCAAUCUAAAGUCUGGCUCCGCCCAUGUGGUCCUCAGGAAGGUGGGCGGGGUUUCAGUGUCUCUAAACCGACAGAAUGUGACAGCAGCGGGGGGGCCAGCCACAUCUGUGGCACUCCUGCGGCUGAGGAAAGGGGAGGAGAUAUGGCUGGAACUGAGGGGCGGGGCAUGGGCGGAUUCAGAGGACAACGUCUUCACUGGGUUAUUACUGCAUCGCACCACCUGAGGGCGCUGUGGAACACUCAGCUGAGCACAGGAGGAGAACUCGAUGUUGUUUGAUGACAGAAGCACAAACCAGCGGGAAUCAAACCAUCAACCCUUCUUCCUCUGCUCCACCGGUUUAGUCCGGAGGUGUUUAUCUUAAACUAGCUUAGACUGGAGAUGUGAGGACAAUACAAAUGUUUAGACAGCUCGCCCCCUGGUGGCAGGCUGCACUGUCAUAAGUCGCGCCCCCCCAAGGUUUUUUUUCUCUUUACACUUUGGUUUUAAUUAUUGAUUAAAUUAUGACAAAUUAUGAUUGACAGCUGACAAAACUAAAAAAAGAACAGCCUUUUCUCUCAAUUUCAUUGGAUUAUCAGAUGCUGGAUUAUCUGGUUCUGGAUUAUCUGGUUCUGGAUUAUCUGAUGAUGGAUUAUCUGGUUCGGGAUUAUCUGGUUCGGGAUUAUCUGGUUCUGGAUUAUCUGGUUCUGGAUUAUCUGGUUCGGGUGUUUCCACUGGGAAAGUUGAAUUUUGAAUUUUUAAAACAAACAUUAAGAACAAACGUCUGAUUUCAUUCAGAGAAAGUAACGUUGAAGUGUUUACAUCCAAAAUGAAAGCAGGUGUUUUUGCUCAGUGCUGCCUCCAGUGGAAGAGCUGGAACUCUUUUGAUUUUACAAAUCAAUAUUAAAUCACUCAAAUGAAAAUAAAAUCAUUUUAAUCAAGUUUUUUUAAUUAACUGAGCUCAGUUUCACACGUCUAAACUAAACAUCCUCACCACAUGGUGGCAGCAGAGAUUUACAUGAUAUUUAAAGUUCACUGAUCACAUGUCAAUUUAUAUGAUUUUCCUUCUUUUUAUCAGACUGGUAAUCUGUUUUAAUCUCAGAUUAAACUUGAUUAACAUGAAAAUG